AUGACAGAAACCGCCGAAUCAGUAUCAGAACAAAAACCAUUCGAUCCAUUUAUUCCAUGGGGUUUUCCAAAUGAAUUAAAUUUAUGUAAAGCAGCACGUCAUGCUGAUAUAAAAGCUGUAAGCAAAUGUAUUGCAAAUGGAGUGAAUAUAAACUUUAUUGAUGGUUUUGGUAAAACAGCAUUACACUAUGCAGCCGCAAAUGGAAGUUAUGAAUCAGUGAAACUUCUUGUCGCUAAUAAAGCGAAUGUAAAUAUAUGGGAUUCAAAUGGAACUACACCAUUACAUAUGGCCGCUAAAGGAAAUCAUACAAGAGUAGUGAAAUUCCUACUUAUGUCUGGGGCAGAUAUUAAUCAUCAAUGUAUUAGUGGCGUCAAACCAAUCGACUUAGCAAUUUACAAUUCCGAAACUUGGAAAGUUUUAUUGGACGCUGCAAACGGCGAUCUACCUAAAAUUGAACACUUAAUACAAACACGUACAGUUCCUCUAAUUCCCCAAUUUACAAUACAACGAGAAAUUGAUAAACAAGCUAAGGCGAAUGAAAAGAAAGGUGGAACGAAGAAAAGUGGAAAGAAGAGUGGAAAAAAAAGUGGUAAAGGCAAAAAGAAGAAAUGA